AUGUCAAGAGAUGAAUAUAGUGUGGUCGUCGAAGUUGAUGACGAAUCUCCUGUUCGAAGAGAAGAGCUAGAGUUUCAAGAUUUUUCUUCUACUUCUGGAGUUGGUGGUAACAUAUCACAAGAUAAACAAGCAAACUCUAGUAGUGACGGUUUUAACAAUGCAACAUUUUUCGAUCCACAUCAGUCAAUUCGAAAUGAAUCACAAGGCGGUUCAUACCCUUUAUGGUCAAUUGAAUAUUAUGCUCAAUAUUUCGACGUAGAUACCGAUCAGGUUCUUGAAAGAGCAUCAAAAAGUCUUUUUCCCAAAGAUAAUUUUAAUGAUGUGGUUGGACCAAAUCCUGAUUUAUAUGCGACAAUUGCCAAAUCAAUUGCAGCUAUUAUUUCAAAGGGAAAUCCUAAUUAUGAUAUUACAAUUUUAUCAUUUGGUUUUGCUGCCAUUUACACAUAUUCUUUUGUCAUACCAUUUAUUGUUUGGGGUGCAUUAAAAUAUCUUGGCUGUAGACCUUCAUUAUUGAAUACUAUUGGUUUAUAUGGUUAUGGUUUAACUAUAUGGUUGCCUAUUUCUGUUGAUUUUCUUACUAAUAAUCAAUAUAAUAAUUAUCAUAAUGUUAAGAUUAUUAAUGUUAUUCCUUCCGACACGGUUCGAUGGGCUCUUGUGAUUUUUGGAUUUGCAAUUUCGGGAUUUUUUAUAUCAAGAAAUCUUUAUCCAGUUAUAUCAAGAGCUGAUUCGAAAACUUCUAGAUUAUUCUUAAUUUUUGUGAUAGCAGCUCAUGCUGCAUUCUCUUUAUUACUUAAAUUCAAAUUUUUUUCAUAUCAAGUAGAUUGGGAUCAAUCUAAUCCUAAACAUUAA